GUACGCUUGUGGAGAAACGUCUCCUAUGGCAGAAAAAUGGACACAUCUACGCGCUUUCUUCCACACCAAAUUUCCAGAAGACAUAACCAAACUGGAAUAAAUUAAAAGUCCAAAUAAGCCCAUUUGACGAAAGCAAACUUCUCACCACUUCAUCUUCUCUACAUGCGACGCUCUAGUCUAUAGAAAAUUAGAAACCCAAUCACAAGUAAGCGAAUCAUCGGAGCAACAAGAGCUUGCAGCACCAGCACAAGAUGAAGCAGCCUCACGUCGCCACGGUCGCUUCCCUCCUGGCCCUGGCCGCGGCCGCGACGACGGCCGCCGCCGUCACGUUCGACGCGACGAACUCGGCGUCCAACACCCCCGGCGGCCAGCGGUUCGACCAGGCCGUCGGCCUCGACUACGCCAAGCGGGUCCUCUCCGACGCGUCCACCUUCAUCUGGAACACCUUCAACCAGCCCAGCCCCGACGACCGCAAGCCCGUCGACAAGGUCACCCUCGUCGUCGAGGACAUCGACGGCGUGGCCUUCACCAGCGCCAACGGCAUCCACCUCAGCGCCAAGUACGUCGGCGGCUACUCCGGCGACGUCAAGAAGGAGGUGACCGGCGUGCUGUACCACGAGGUGACACACGUGUGGCAGUGGAACGGGCAGGGCCGGGCGAACGGCGGCCUCAUCGAGGGCAUCGCCGACUACGUCCAGCUGAAGGCGGGCUACGCGCCGGGGAGCUGGGUUCUCCCGGGGCAGGGACGCAGGUGGGAUCAGGGCUACGACGUGACAGCGAGGUUCCUGGACUACUGCGACUCGCUCAAGCCGGGGUUCGUGGCGCAGCUCAACGCCAAGAUGAAGGAUGGCUACACCGACGAUUUCUUCGCUCAGAUCCUGGGGAAGAGCGUGCAGCAGCUGUGGCAGGACUACAAGGCAGCAACUGUUGGUGAUGACAAUCUCGUCCCUGAUGACACUACGCCAAGCCAGAACAAUAGCAAACCGAGUGGCAGUGUUCCAGGUGGUACUACCCCACGCCAUAACAACAGCUAUUUAAUAAUACUAUCAAUCGCCAUACCCGUGGGGAUUACACUAUGUUUAAUCUCAGCUAUUGUUACUUGUGCAUUGAGGAGAACAACGAGAUCAAGGCAGCAAACCCUUUCAUGCGCUGCUUACUCAGAGGAUAUUGAAGAAAUUCAGGCAUUGCUGCUGGACGCGGUGGUGAUAAGAGCAGCAACAGAUAAUUUUGAUGAAGUAAACAAACUAGGAGAAGGAGGUUUCGGACAAGUCUAUAAGGGUUUGCUACCUGAUGGACUGGAAAUAGCAGUAAAAAGAUUGUCCAAAGAAUCAAAGCAAGGAAUACGUGAGCUGAAAAAUGAGUUGCUAUUAGUAGCCAAGCUCCAACACCGCAAUCUUGUGAAGUUGAUAGGGGCUUGCCUGCAUGAAGAAGAGAAGUUGCUCGUGUAUGAAUACAUUCCAAACAAAAGUCUUGAUGCCUUUAUUUUUGAUGAAGAAAAUCGCAAAAAACUAGUCUGGGAAACGAGAUACAAGAUCAUUUGUGGUAUUGCUCGAGGAAUGGUGUAUCUACACGAUGAAUCCCGAGUUAAAGUUAUACAUAGAGAUUUAAAGCCAGGCAACAUCUUACUGGAAAAAGAUAUGAACCCCAAGAUUAGUGACUUUGGCUUGGCAAGGAUUUUUGAGAGAGACCACACAAAGGAUGUCACAAGAAGAGUCGCUGGAACAUACGGUUAUAUGGCACCAGAAUAUGCAGUCCUUGGGCAUAUAUCGACCAAGUCAGAUGUCUUCAGCUUUGGAGUUAUUGUUCUGGAAAUUGUAGCAGGGAGGAGAAAUACUACUUCAUCAGAAGGAAUGGUGGCUGAACAUCUUUUAAGCUAUGUAUGGGAAAAUUGGACUAUCGGAACAGUAACAGAUGUGGUCGAUCCAUACUUGAACCAUAACUGUGCUGAAAAUGAUGUUCUCAAGGCUAUACAUAUUGGGUUAUUAUGUAUUCAAGAGAAUCCAAGCGAUAGACCCAGAAUGUCCGAUGUACUACUGAUGCUUGUGGGAAGGUCUACUACCUUGCCUGCUCCUUUAAGGCCUGCGUUUCUUUUUAGUUUAGACGAUGCAACCCAUGCCCAUCCUAGAGGUGCAAAUGAACUACCAAAACGGCCAAACAAAUGUAAUUCGUCCUGCAACAAGGUGACCAUCACAGAAGUUGAACCAAGGUAGACCAUACUUUAAUUCAUAAUGUUAGUGUUGUCAA